AUGUCCCAGGAAGGAAAAUCUUCGCAGCCCAAGCACCAGCAGGAAGAGUUCGUCGAGUCUAUUGAGGAGGAGCAAACUCACCAUGCAACUCAAGAUGAGCCCCAGGUGAACAAAGGCCAGCAGGAUCAGGCGCUGCAGUUGAUCGAAGAUGUGGGACACUCAACCGUUCUGACUCCCGAGAACAACAAGCAUGUUCUUCGAAAGAUUGAUCUCCGCCUGCUUCCCAUAAUGCUAGUCAUCUACUUCCUCCAGCAGCUUGACAAGUCUACUCUCUCCUAUGCAUCGGUUUUUGGACUCCAGGAAGAUGCUCAUCUCCACGGGCACCAGUACUCCUGGCUGGGUGCGGUCGUCUAUGUGGCUCAAUUAGUUUUCCAGCCUUUGGUCUCCUACCUGCUGGUCAAAGUCCCAAUGGGCAAGUUUCUGGCAGCCUCAACUCUCCUCUGGGGUAUUGCAUUAACUUGCAUGGCUUCUGCGAAUACUUUCGCUACCUUGAUGGUGUGCCGGCUGUUUCUUGGUAUCUUCGAGGCUGGAUUGGCUCCGGCAUUUAUUGCAGUGACCCAGAUGUGGUAUCGACGGCGUGAACAGCCUGUCAGAUUGGGUUCGUGGUAUGCGAUGAAUGGGGUGGUGAACAUGGUUGGAAGUUUGAUCACUUAUGGACUGGGACACAUCAAUUCACCUGUCUUUGCUCCUUAUCAGGUCAUCUUUCUCUUCUUUGGCUUAAUCACUGUUGCAUUUUCAGCAGUUAUUUUUUUUUUCAUGCCUGACUCCCCUGUCAAGUCGAAGUUCUUGUCGGAAGAUGAUAAAUUGGUGGCCAUUGAAAGACUACGAAUGAACCAGCAAGGUAUCGAAAGCCACGAAUGGAAAUGGGAGCACGUAAAGGAAGCAUGCUUGGACCUCAAAUCCUGGUUCUGGUUUGCUCUGAUGGUGUCUAUCUCAAUUCCAAGUGGUGGUAUCACGACAUUCGGUCCCUUGAUUAUAGAAUCCUUCGGUUUCAACAGCCUCAACACGAUUCUUCUCAAUAUUCCAUUCGGUGCAGUUCAACUCAUCGCUACAAUGGGAGGUGCUUGGCUGGCUACCGCAUGGAGGAAGAAAGGCCCUGUCCUCGCACUUCUGUGUCUCCCUCCGAUUGCAGGAUGUGUUAUGCUCUUGAAAAUCCCCCAUGAUGAGGCCCACAAGGGCCCUCUUCUUGUGGGGUACUACAUCAUCUCUGUCUACCCAGGAAUCACGCCGUUAAUAUACUCUUGGUCCGCCGCCAACACAGCAGGGGAAACAAAGAAAAAGGUGACGACUGGUAUUCUGCUUGUGGGACAAUGUGUUGGUAAUAUCAUUGGGCCCAAUCUCUAUACCACGGAAGAGGCACCGCUUUACCGUCGUGGGCUUCUAUCUAACCUCUCGCUGUUCUGUGUGUUGUGGCUUCUAAUUUUGCUUCUCAUGGCUUACCUUUCCUUCCUUAACAAGAAGCACGAGAAGAAGAGGGUGACUCUUGGAAAGGAGGCCAAGGUUGUUGAUCACUCUAUGUUUGCGGUUGGAACUGUACCAACCGACAAAGAGGGUGUUCCCGUUCAACAGGUGGUUAACGACAACGCUUUCAAAGAUCUGACAGAUUGGCAGAAUGAGGACUUUGUUUACGUAUAUUAG